UUAAAUCGACUUUUAUUGACCCAGUAAACUAAUCCUGUCCCUAGAGAAAGAAAUUCAACUAAAAAUAUAUUUUUAUUUUUCUUUAUUACAUUUAGUCUUAAAAUUUAAAUCGACUUUUAUUGACCCAGUAAACUAAUCCUGUCCCUAGAGAAAGAAAUUCAACUAAAAAGACCUGUCCAUUGAAGCGACGGGCCGGACUCACCCAUAACAUCUUUGUGAAUUUACAUAAUCAUUAUUUCUCCGAGAUCUCUGGAAAGCCGCUCUUCCAGGGGUUAAAAGAACAUCUCAACCGGAGAUAAGUGAACGUUGUUCAACAUUCUCUGACCAACCCGUUCAUGACACUUCAGCCCCUCAUGCAAAGAAAACUCUUUCUUACACUCCGUACAGACGAAUAGAAUCUCGAAUCCUUCCAUUUCAAAACAAAGUUUAAAUUUAUAAAAAUAACCACUUAACACACCUAAAACUUAGAAUACAGAUAGAAGGAACGGAAAAUGAAUAUUUGUGAAAGAUCCCGAAUACAAAAGAGAUGGAAGUUUAGUGUCGCCAUCGCCAAUCACCAUCGAGCUAGCCAAUUGUGUGUGCGAGCCAUAGGCGUGGAGAAUCCUGAUUUGAUUGUUGAAUGUUUUAUCAGGAAUCCUUUUUUCAUAACUUCAUUAUAGCUAAAUCAUUAAACUGAGAAAAACAUUGACACUCUUGAAACAUGAAAGAAUUUUUAUGAAUAAAUCACAUUGUAAACUAUUUUUGGGCAUGAAUGGAUAAUUUUGAAACUAAUCAAAUUAUGUUACGCUACUGCUACAGCCAAGGUGUGAAGAAUGUUGACAUCAAAACAAAUGCAUCAGUUACAAGUCGGUUUUCAUUUCUCUUAUUAGUGUUCAUAGUUGGCGCCGUUGGCGGUGAACUUGAACAACUUGAAACAAGAUUCAGUUUACUCCAUAACUAGAAACCAUAGAAUAAUGAAAUAUUUGCGUCAUGUAUUUUCGAUUUUGACAGUGUUGUUAUUGUGUUUGUUGUUCAUAUUGUUUUCAGAUAAUAUAGGUUUAAAGUUAUAAUAUAGCUCUAAAAUGAGUGCCUCAAAAAGAAAAAGGGGAUGUAAUUACACGGCGGAAGAGACAAAUAAACUUUUGGACCUUGUUCAACAGUAUCAGUCUGCUAUAGAUGAUAAACGAACAAAUACUAUAUAUUUAACCCAAAAGAAAGAAGCGUGGGAAAAAGUUUCUUCUGCUUAUAAUGCUGUCGCCACAAGUGGAAUCAGGACUGUUGAACAGCUCAAAACCUUGUAUGAUAACAUGAAGCAGAAAGCCAAAAAAUCCUUAGCGGAACAUAAUAAAAAAGAAUUAAUGAGGUACAAUGCUGAGAUCUUGUCACAACAUGUAAAGGAAGAACAGUUUACAACAGCUCUAGAACAUGAAAAAACUGAUAAGGCUCAAUGGGUUAAAACUGAUGGUGGCAAUUGGUGCCUCAAUAUUACGCCACAAGAACAGGAAAUUGCAGCAAUUAUCAAGGACCAGGUGACACCUUUAUCCAACAACUGUGAUGGUGUUUCUAAGAAGAAAAACGUUAAGAAGAGACUUAUUAAUUAUAAGGAAUUAUAUUUUAAAAGAAAGUGCCAAAAUGCAUAUCUGCAAAAAACCAAAAUUUUGCAGGAUAUAAAAUUACGGCAGAAAGAAUAUUUAAUGUUAAAGAAGGAGCAUAAUUUGAAGCUAGAAAUCCUACAAAAAGAAUACGAUGAGAAAUUCAAAUGAAAAGUGAAUCUUCUGAUGAAUUCAAUAAGAAAAGGAUGGCGGGGAAAACGAAGAAGAGGUUGGGGAGGAACUGUGCAAACUACCCCUCCUACAACAGCUACAUAGGCAAUACCAAUGCCUCCUCCCUCACCAGCUGAUGUGUGAUUAUCAAAAUGGAAAAUAAAAAUGAAUUAAUGUUCAGUAUGGGUAUUUUUCCUCAUUCUCAAGUAGCUUAAUGAAUAAAUUUAUCCUUUGUUUUUAAAGGAAGAUAUUGUCAAUUACGAGAAUUAUAACCAUUAUUCGAUUGA